UCGCAAUUUGUCACCCCAAACAAAAUAGGAUAUGCAUGCAAUGGCAAAGAUGAUCGCAAAUUCUGUUUUUCUAUUGCUUGGAGCUCUUUCUUUCAUAGCAACGGUCCAAGGCCAGGAUCAAUCAGGAUUUAUUAGCAUAGAUUGUGGGCUAUCUGAAAAUUCCAAUUACACUGAAAAGAACACAGGAAUCAAUUACAUUUCAGAUGCUAAUUUCAUUGAUUCUGGUGUGAGUAAAACUGUGUCACCCCAAGAUAAGACUACUCAUCCACAAUAUUUUAAUUACCUUCGGAGUUUUCCUAAUGGAAUAAGAAAUUGUUACAGAAUAAAUGUAACAAUUGUUACUACAUAUUUAAUCAGAGCUAGUUUUUUGUAUGGAAACUAUGAUGGUCUUAAUACGCUUCCAGAGUUUGAUCUUUAUCUCGGAGUUCAUUUUUGGGAGACGGUAAAAUUCACAAAUUCUUCAGUCAGCAUAAACUAUGAGAUCAUCCACACUCUAUCGCUGGAUUAUAUCCAUAUCUGCUUGGUUAACAAAGGCACAGGGACACCAUUCAUUUCAGCUAUAGAAAUGAGGGUUUUGGGCAAUGUCGCCACUAGUUAUCGCACUAUAGACUCAUCUACACGAUUGGCACGAUUCCGAAGGUUGUAUUUUAGUUCUAUCACCAACUUAAUAUACAGGUAUAAAGAUGAUCCAUAUGACCGGGUAUGGGAGCCUUAUUGGGACCAAAAGUGGACACAAUUAAGCAGUGGAUUUAGCAAUGAUAACUUGAUUCAGAGUUACUUUAAGCCACCAGCAGUUGUCAUGGAGACUGCAGCUACACCAAAAAAUGCUACUGCCUCAUUAGACUUCCAUUGGGAGAAUGAUGACAAUGAAACUCAGCACCAAUACUAUUUCUACUUCCACCUCACUGAGCUUCAGCACUUGGGUCCAAAUCAAACAAGAUCAUUCAAUGUCAUCAUGGAUGGUGAGAUUUGGACGAAAAAUUUUUCUCAAUAUAAGAAAAAUAAUUCAAACUUUAAAAAAUGUGACAUUUAAUAUUAGAUUACAAAAAUAUGAUAAAUUUAAAUUUAGGUUAGGUAUAAUAUGGUACACAUUAUAUUGUAUUUUUUACACAAUUUAAAAUAUAAUAUAACU